ACCCACUCCACUGUCUGCCUCAAACUCCUGCGGGACAGAAAGCCUGAACUCCACAUUCACAGCCUCAGUGCAGUCUGCGCAGUUUCUGCCAGAGGACACAUCUCACUGCUUUCACUUCCAUUAGUCCAAACAAUGUGAGGAACAUGGCUGACAGAAGGUCUGACUGGGUGGAGAUCGUGGAGCCGCGCUCGAGGGAGCGCAUGUACGUCAACCUGCUGACCGGCGAGUGCGGGUGGGAACUGCCGCCCGGCGUCCCGGUCCGUCAGUCGGACGGCAACCAGUGGUGGGAGCUUUUUGACAGCAAUAACAAUCGGUUCUACUACUACAACUGCACAAGUCAGCAGACGGUCUGGCACAGGCCUCAAGACUGUGACAUAGUGCCUCUAGCGCAGCUCCAAGCCAUGAGGAGGAGCUCUGAGGCCGAGCUGAGGGGUCAAGGGAGGAUCCAGAGAGGUCCGGUGGAUGGCAGGCGGACACCACAACCUGGACUGGGGUCUUCUUCACUGGACCAAGAGAGUGGGAGGGAGACGCCAUCGUCCAAGGGUAAAGGAGACAGUAUGGAGAGAUGGAACCAGGGAAAUAGGGACGCCGCUCAAAGAUGGCAGCCUGCUCCUGGAUCCAAGGCUGCCAUGUUGGUGAAAGUUAACAGCAUUGGAAGAAACCAAUCUCUGGGUCCAGCUACUGCCCACCAACUUCUCCACCUCAACCCCACCAACACUAGCACUUCUCCCAAACCAGGUUACACAGCGCAAAUUGACAGAACCGGUUUGCUCAGUAAAAUGGCAGUUCCUGGAGACUCCAAGCAGGGUUACCACCUCAAAAAGGGGGAUGCCAACUUCUGUCUUGUUUCGCCCUCUUCUAGCUCUUCCUCUUACUGUGCCCACCAGCGUUCUGGUGCAGGUACACCUCGCCCCUCCUCUCCUCAAUACAAAGCUACACCCUCAGCACCCAUCUACGACGAACCUCCACCCAUUGACCCCCCAAUUUACGAGGAACCCCCAGUGGAAAUGGAAGUAGAAGGUGCACACCACUUACACCGAGUUCCCUACCCCACCAGUCACAGCCUGCCGAGAGGAACCCAGCCUCCUAAACUCCUCCAGUUCCCCCAUUGCAAACACAUCUGCAGCUCCUCAGCUAGUGAAUACAGUCCGGCCGGCUGGGAGUGCAUUAAACACAUGGUGAACGUGGAUGCAGCUGCAUCCAAGCACCAGCCCCAGACGUCUAACCCCAUCGAGGGGCCUUCAAAUCCAGCCAGUCCUCAAAUCCAGCCCCAGUCUCCAGUCUCUGCCCAGAUUAAGAAGGAAGUCUCUGUAGAGAAGAAGCAAUCAUGGAGGCUGUUGGAGCCCCGCCACAGCCGUCAAAGCAGCCUGGCCUCUCAGGAGUACCCAGGCCCUGCUGCCGUCACGUAUCAGGACUCUGGCUAUUCCACUGGGCCGUCCCCAAGUCUGCGAAGGAAGAACCGACGUCAUGCAGCUCUUGGCACUGGGUCGGGUCGACCCGGAUCGGUGGGCAGCAGUGGGGAGUUGAAUGCAUUAAAUGAGAAGCUGAUGGCGGAAAUGAGGGCGGUGGUAAACCGUUCCAAUGCCCUUCAUGGAAGCAAGUCCAGUCUGGACACUGAGAUGGGCUCAGAGGCUUCUGGAAGUACUGCACGCUCCCCGGUCAGUUCAUUGAAGAUGGGUGCAAGAGGGGGUGAAUCGAGGGAGGAUGUGACAUCAAGUAACCGAUCACUGUACAGGGGCAGGGGCAACAACCACAGUGACGUCAUUCUGUCGCCACUGGUGACAGAUGGUCUCGGAGGCCGGCAGAAAAGGACGUAUGAGAAAGUGGAUUCGCUGGAGAAGAGCGUAACAUCGCAGACCAGCUUGUCAUCCCCGGAACCACCAAGGUCACCCUCACAGACAGGAACACUGGAAUCCAAAACUCAGCAGGACAUCUCACCCCAGGACUGUGACCAUGACAGAGCGGGUCGUGGAACCGCCCACCUCAGCCAUAAAAACAACAACAACAGUCCCCCCCCUCCUUCCCUUGCCAGCACGGGUUCUGGUUACCAGUACCCAUACACCACCCUCUGCAAGCCUACACCCGAUGCCAACAUGGAGGACUGGGCCAGCAAGAACCUUAACCAGCACACGCAGGGCCUGUUUCGCCGGCGCGUCUCCAUUGCUAAUAUGCUCUCGUGGAACCGUGGCUCCAUUAAGAAACCAAUGCUGAUCACCAACGACCGGUCUGUCAAGAAGGAAGCCUGCGAGAUGUUCAAGCUGGUCCAGGCCUACAUGGGCGACAGGCCAGCCAGAUUGGACAAAUGCCAUGCGGCCCUUCAGGUGGUCACGAAGUGCUGGGGGAUGCAAGGCUUGAGGGAUGAACUGUACGUGCAGUUGGUGCGACAGACCACCGGAAACUUGAGUUUGAGGAGCUUGGAGGCGGGCUGGGAGUUGAUGGCCAUCAGCCUAGCGUUCUUCUCGCCUUCGCCCAAGUUUAGGCGCUAUUUGGAAGGCUACAUCCAGCGACACCUUGAGCCCAGUAAUGAUAAGAAAAUACUGCAGCACAUCAUGGAGCAGCAGGACAUAAAAAACAAGAAGAAUUCAAAAUCCGGGAAGAAGAGGAGACAGAACAAUGAGGAAGAAGAGGGUCUCUCCAUCAGCACUUACGCAAAGUACUGCUACCGUAAGCUGCAAAAAGUGGCCAUUACUGGGGGCAAGAAGGGUCUGAGGAAGCCCACUUUGGAGGAGAUUGAUCACGGUCGGAAUGCCAUCGUGACCCCGUCUCUGUUCGACAGCGCUCUGGAGGAGAUCAUGGAGAGGCAGAGUGAGCUCUUCCCCGAGAGGAAACUGCCCUGGGUGCAGGUGCAGCUCUCUCAGUAUGUGCUGGCCCUGGGUGGAGCCCAGACGGAGGGCAUCUUCAGAGUACCGGGGGAUAUUGAUGAGGUGAAUGCUCUCAAGCUACAGGUGGACCAGUGGAAACUUCCAGACAACCUCUCAGAUCCCAAUGUCCCUGCGUCUCUGUUGAAGUUGUGGUACAGAGAGCUGGAGGAGCCUGUGAUUCCUCAGAGCUUCUAUAAGCAGUGCAUCAGUCACUAUGAAGAUCCUGAUGCAGCCAUCAGUGUGGUUCAGUCGCUCCCGGAGCUCAACAGACUCGUGCUCUGCUACUUCAUCAACUUCUUACAAGUCUUUGCUCAGCCGGUGAAUGUGAGUAGGACUAAGAUGGACGUGAAUAAUUUGGCGAUGGUCAUGGCUCCAAACUGCCUGCGCUGUCAGUCUGACGAUCCUCGAAUCAUCUUUGAAAACACACGGAAAGAGAUGUCCUUCCUCCGCAUACUCAUCGUCCACUUGGACACUGGCUUCAUCAAGGGCUUAAUCUAGUUAUUUUGCGGCAUAGCUCAGAUUGAAUCAUCCAGGAGAUGAUGGGAAUCAGGACCUUCUUCUGCUCAGAGAAUCAUCUUUAAGCAUCCUAAUAUUAGUUCGGACAAUGUCUCAACUAAUCCAGCUUUGCCUCAAUGUGAAUCAUCCUGAACUUGACUCUCAUGACUCUUCUUGAAGCCAGACAUUAUUUGAACUGAAUCAAUUGACUGAGUUUGAUUCCGCAACAAAACAAAUGCAUGACGUUUGUUAUUUUCUGUCUUUUAUAUUGAUUAGCAGGGAAAUACAUUCUUUGGACAAUCAUAAUCGUAAUAACAUGACCUGCAGCAUAUUUCCUUAAUUUAAUAAGGUAUGAGUGUUCUGAUUAUUUAAUAGCAACCGUUUGUAAGCUCAUCUAUGAGUGCAGGGAGAAUUUCUGACUUCAGUUGUGUGUAUAAGGCUGAGCGUAAGCAAGAAAAGGUGAAUUAACAUUGCAGAGCUCUGAAAUACUAGUGGUCAAGCUUUGAGCUUGAGGUCUGGUGCCUUACAUGAGAAUGAUCGAUGAUGUAUAAGAUGCAUAAGUGCCCAUAAAUACACCCUCCACAUUUCUGCAUUGUCAUAGACUCCAAAUGAACUGGUACCACAAGCAAUUUUCAUUUAGUCUCUCACUGUAGUUUUCCCAGUCGUCCCAUUUGGAAAUAGAAAAUUAUAUUUCCAGAUGUGGUUUGGCUACAUCCAAGAAGAUUGUGCAGAACUAUUCUGUAGCAAGUUAAACCAGGAACCAGACUGGAACCAGGAACCACUCCUCUCACAAGGUAGCUGCUGCUCAUUGGCACACUGAAAGUGCAAAAUCGCAUACUUCCCCACUACAUAGUAUGCGAAAAACAGUAUAUGAGGUGAGUAAUAUGCCUGAAAUCAUAGUUUUCAAAAAACAGUAGGCAAAAAGUUCCCGGAUGAUCUACUACUUCCUCCAGGAUCCUGAAGUGUGCAUUUGAUGGACACUUUAUUAUCCCAUUAGGCCACAGGAGAAGAUUUAUGAAUGGCAGUGAAGCAACGCUGGUAGGUCAUGUGACAGUAACAACAUGGCGGAUGUAGUACAUACAAAUUUCAUUUCGAACAUACCUUCGGUUUCAGUUGAUCCAGCAGCUCCAACAUCAAGGGAUGGCCAAAAAUGGUGUGUUCAGAUUUGCCCAGGCUAAAUAAACACUUUAAACAUACUCUACACAAGAAUGCAAUAAUACAAAAAAAAAACACAAAUAUUUGGCCAAGGCAGCCAUGUGGUCUUGUCGUACAAAUGCAAUUUCUUUGCCACUGACUAAUGACUUUUUUUACACACUUAUAUUUCUUUAAACACCUCUCCUGUCUGCCAUUCGUUAAACGAACACAUAGCUCCGCCCCAAGCUCACACCAUUGGUCGAGCUGUUGCCAUGUCAGGCUAGUAGUCUACAUGUUUAAACAUGUUUACAUUUUUCAGGGGAAUCAAUCUACAAAUGACUGACUUGUACUUGUCGCUGCGUUAUUUUGGGAUAUAUGAAAGUACUUAAACCUCAAUAAGAUGACAUUUUUGCGUUACUGUGGCCAUACUAAAUUCACUCAAAGUGGAGAUAUAUAUACCCUUUAUAUAACUCUCUACUCUCAUUCACUAUUUCCUAAAUUAGUCCACUGAUAUAGUCCACUUUAAGAAGUGAAUGAAUACUAGUGAGCUGGAAGUGUACGCCAUUAGAUGCGGGAAUUCAUUUGUCACAACACUUAACGUUACAGUGCAUGGGUAUUUACUAGUGGUUAGCCUUUGAGCAUACAUAGGUCGUGCACUCGUUGUUGCAGUGCAUUAUGGGAUUAAGCACUCUAAUGUCCACUAUGGUUUUGGACACCACUGCAUGCUGGCAAAUGGCAGUCCUCUCAAAUCCUCUCAGACACAGAUUACCUUCAGAUGGCUGAGCCAUUAAACUGAUGUGCUCAGAUUCUCUUCAAAAUUACUGCCAUGUCAGCUGUUUACCUGACAGAAAAAAAACUGACCACAGAAGAAAACAGUUUAUGCUAAUGUUGGCUUUAGUGCCCCUUGAGGCAAAGCUGAGAAUGUGUGCACUUACAGGAAACAGAAAUCGAUCUUGUGCAGCUAAGCAUUUAGAAGACUUCAGGUCAUCAACACUGGUAGCAUCUGAACGUGGAAAAUGCAGUCUGUUCUUGAUCCAUUACUCAGAACUGAACUUCAGUGAUUCAUAUCUGAUAUACAAUCAAACAGUCACAUUUGCUAUUGAUAUAAAGUGGGAUCCGCCAUCAGCUCUGCCUGUGCUUCUGUAUAUAAGCCCCUCAUCUGAUGGAUAGUUGUGUUUAUAAAGCCGAAUGGUGAAAGUAAGUGAGCCCAUCCCAUGUUGCACUUCCCCCUCAGUUUCUUUCCCUUCCUGUGGGUCUGUAUGAUCACUGCAGAGACUGAUACUCCUCCGGCACUCUUACUGUAAAUGCUUCUUACGGAUUUUGUGUCUUAUUUUGUUCUAUCUGUGUGAGGUUGUGUGUAGGAGAUGACAGUGAAUUAUGAUAUGAAUGAUGCGUGUUUAAAUUUGCAUAGUUUCAUAAAGAACUCCGU